AUGGGUGUGAUUGUUGGUGGAUGGGAUAAGUAUGAAGGAGGCAAAAUAUUUACUGUUGCGCAAGGAGCGACAAUUUUGAAACUGUCUUAUGCAAUUUAUGAUUGGUAUAACAAUCCGAAUUGUGAGAAUCAAAAUAAAACAUUAUAUGUGUACUAUCAAUAUAUAGAAUCUGGCUCGCGCCACAUUAAAGAAUUUUUUGACAAAGCUUGGAAAGAAGGGAUGAGGAAAGUUGAAGCUGAUAUAUUAGUAGUUAAAGCUGUAUUAUCACUGGCUAUUGCCGACGAUGAAGCGAGUGGAGGACUUGUUCGCACAGUGACAAUAAACUCUGAUGGUGUCAUGAAAAAAAUCCUAUACACCCGAUGA